CGCCAUUUAGAGGAAGGCUGGAAAAAGACCUUUCUAAGAAUGCGGAAGUGGAGCAGUCAAUUCCAAUGGAUCUUUCUUAUUGUACUUCAGUGCAAUGGACAGUUCUAUAGGAUAUGAUUAAGUGGAAUGGAUGGAAACAAUGAAUGUGGCGAGGUGGACUAUUUGCUGCAAGAUGAAGACUCACUCAUAGAAGGAGUCAGCAACCCUGUCUUGUUUGUGGUCGUUCUCAGUGUCACGUUCCUGUGUGGACUGGUAACUCUGCUCUGCAGAAAUGAGCAGUAUAACAUCCACCCAGAGAACCAGGAACAUGUCCGUGCCGUUCGGCAACAGCUACAGUCCGAAUCUCAGGAAGCUGAACCAGCCGAACCCAGGCGACAGUUCUAUACAGACAUGUCCUGUCCAGUGUGUCUACAGCAGGCCGUGCUGCCUGUGGAAACUAACUGUGGCCACCUCUUCUGUGGUCCUUGUAUAAUUGCGUAUUGGAGAUAUGGGACAUGGUUCGGUGCGAUCAAUUGUCCCAUCUGCAGACAAAUGGUGACCCUGUUGUUCCCACUCUUCCACGAGCAAGUCUCCCCUCAGCAGGUACAGGAUGGAACGGUUGAACCGCUCCUCAUCCUCCGGGAUCUCGGCGACUACAACCGCAGGUUCUCCGGACAACCCAGAUCUCUGAUGGACCGGCUGCGUGACGUCCCCACGUUGCUACGCCACCUCUUCAGGGAGAUGUUCUCCGUAGGGGGCCUGUUCUGGAUGUUCCGGAUCCGUGUCCUGCUGUGUCUGAUCGGGGCUCUGACCUACCUGAUCUCUAUCUGA